AUGUAUACGGAGAAGCCGCAAACACUAAAGGAAAUGAGGAAAAUGCAGGAGCACUACAUCGCCUUAGAAGAAAUACAAGAAGGAGCACAUGAUAGAAGUGUACAGGAAGCAAGCACGUCAGCUGAGAUAGUCCCGAAGAAAAUCUCGAAAAGAUCCGAGAAGAGAUCGGGGCCACAGAGCAAAGAACUAGUAAAGAAGGAAUGGGUAGAAAAAGGGAAGAAGCCUCAACACGGGCCUAAGGUGUACACCCCGCUAAAUGCACCUUUAGAGGAAAUAUUCAAAGAGGUAGAGAAAAGAAAUGAUAUUCGAUAUCCAAAGACGCGAGGAGUACAGUUUGAUGAAACAAAGAACCACCCAGAAUUCUGCCAUUAUCAUCAGUUCCGAGGACACUCAACCAACAAUUUUCGGGAGGUCAAGGAUAUAGUCCAUCAUCUCACCCGGGACGGCUAUCUAAGGAAAUUUGUUAAACAUCCAGCAUCAACACCCGAUGCUCCGGUACAUCAAGUAAGGAUCGAGUGGGGUACUCAAUUUCUAUGCAAUACCAUCUCGCACUCAUCUCCUCAAGGUUUUGACCUAGGCGCAGGGAUUAUGUCGCGAAUUCACAAGCGUUAUAGGUCGGGAAACGAAAUCUUUAGCAUGGAAAAAACUUUGCCGAUGGAGGAGUGGAUGAAGCAGCCAAUCACGUUCUCGGCUAAGGACGUGCCAAUGAAUGGUCAAACACAUGGAUAUCCACUGGUCAUCACCCUAAUGAUCGAGGAGUGGGGAGUUAAAAUAAUUCUGGUGGACACCAGGAGCUCCAUGGAGGUCUUAUUCUAUGACACCUUCAAAAGAAUGCAAUUAUAUGAUGACAUCCUCAUCACAUCAACCUACAACAUCUACGGCUUUAACGGGACGGUAACCGUACCUAAGAGAGAAGUCACCCUAAGAGUCUCAGAUGGAGCCGAUUACUUGGAUACCCUUAGUACCUUCUGUGUAAUAGAUGUUGUGUCACCACACGAAGCAAUUAUCGGGAGACCCUGGAUCGCUGGUAUCAAAGGAGUCGCUUCCGCAUAUCACCAAAGGUUAAGGUUCCCGAUAUACAAGGGUGUGUCUGAGGUUGUAGGAAACCCACAAGUUUCUAGACAAUGUAUUCAAAUGGACAUUCAGCAAAAUGAAGAUAAGCGAGCGAGAUUACGUCUAGAAAAGAACAAAGCCAAUAAAUCACAGCUAGCCAAGAAUUAG